AAUGUUUUCCCUUGAAGGAAAAGAGAGUGCUUGAGUCCGUGAUCUUCAUCGUCUUCCGUAAGCCCCCAACAAAUCUCGCCUGUUGAAAACCCUAGCCCCCAUCACACGGUUUUCUAAGAAUUUGAGCUUUAGAAAUAGUGGGAAACAACUCCUGUAAGGAAGUUUGUUUGGGUUUUUCAGUUUCCGAUAAGUAUUUCAUUUUUUGUCACCUCAUUGCUGUUUGGUUUUCAAUUUUCGAAGUUUGGAAGAGCUCAAGCAAGAUCUUCCAUGACCUGUCUACCAGGACAAUCUCGGAACCUAAAUUUAAUCCAAAACCAGUUCUGACUUCUGAGGAUUUCAGAAGAAGCCACAUGCCCAUCACCAUCUACAAAAACCAGGGUCAUUGUUGUUAUUGUUAUUAUUAUGGGAGCUGAGAAGAAAUGGCUUUUCACGCUAUUUACGACGGCAUUUCUCUCUCUCAUCCUACUGUUACGCUCUUCUGUGUCCACCUUCAGCUCCGCCAAAUCGUUUCCUUCUCUGGUUCAGCACGGAGCUCACUACCCACCGGCCUUCGCUUACUUCAUUUCAGGUGGUCACCAAGAUAAGGACCGGAUCAUCAGGUUGUUGCUGGCAGUUUAUCAUCCGCGGAAUCGGUAUCUUCUGCACCUAGGCCUGGAUGCGAAGGACGAAGAGAGGCGCCUUUUGGCUGCGGCAAUUAGGUCCGUGCCUGCGAUUCGUGCUUUUGGAAACGUAGAUGUGGUGGGCAAGGCCGAUUGGAUCACCUACUUGGGCUCCACUAAUAUUGCCAUUACCCUGCGAGCUGCGGCAGUUAUGUUGAAAUUGGAUAGUGGGUGGAAUUGGUUCAUCACUUUGAGUGCUCGUGAUUAUCCCCUCAUCACCCAGGAUGAUCUGUCCCAUGUUUUCUCCUCUGUCAGAAGAGACCUCAAUUUCAUUGAUCACACUGGUGAUCUUGGAUGGAAAGAAGGUGACAGAUUCCAGCCAAUCGUUGUUGACCCAAGUAUAUAUUUAGCAAGGAGGAGUCAAAUUUUUCAAGCAACAGAGAAGCGACCGACACCUGAUGCUUUCAAACUCUUCACAGGUUCACCAUGGGUUAUAUUGAGCAGAUCAUUCAUGGAAUUCUGCAUUUUCGGUUGGGAUAACUUACCUCGAACGCUUCUGAUGUAUUUUACGAAUGUUAAGUUAUCCCAAGAAGGUUACUUCCACUCUGUCAUUUGCAAUGCACCAGAAUUUAAAAACACCACAGUUAAUGCUGACUUACGAUACAUGGUCUGGGACAAUCCUCCAAAGAUGGAGCCGCACUUCCUUAAUUCCUCUGUUUAUGAUCUAAUGGCGCAAAGUGGAGCUGCUUUUGCAAGACAGUUCAAAGUCAAUGAACCCGUGCUGGACCUUAUCGACGAAAAGAUCCUCCGGCGUAGGCCUAAUAAUGCUGUCCCAGGAGCAUGGUGUUCUGGGCGGAAGUCCUGGUGGAUGGAUCCUUGCUCUCAGUGGGGUGAUGUCAAUAUCCUCAAGCCAGGUCCGCAGUCUAAGAAGCUUGAAGAAACCAUUUCAAAUCUUCUCGAUGACUGGAGUUCACACAACAAUCAGUGCCAAUGAAGAUAUACACACGAAUAGGAAGAAAUUUAGAGGCCGUGCAUUAUCUCGCUCGCACCCUCGAUGAUCAUCAUCGACCGGUUAAAAGUCUCAGUUUGCUAAGCAUAUAUAUUCUUUGGUCACACAAGUGUAAUUUAUUUUUGUAAAAGCAGUUCAUGGGUCGAUUGGACUCCUCUCAUAGCAGCUUUUGCGAAUGGUUGUUCAUAGCUGGGAAGAGUUGGGAUAGAGAAGAGGAAGUGUUCUUGAAUUUUUGAGCUGUAUUGUUUUGGAGGGGGUAAUAUUUGUGGUGGAUCCUCCAAUGCGUACUACGAUCAAUAGGAAGAUAUUCCUCCAGCUGUUGAAUUUUCAUUCUGUUGUAUGCUUUAUUGUCUCAUUUCCACAGUGAUCCUGAACUAUUAGAGUAGAUAGUUCAUUCUUUCAAGAUAUGAUUGUAAUAUUGUGUCAUUUUCACUCUGAAAAUCCUUGUUCCACCAGAUACGCAUCUCAUGCUUGAUUACAACACUGCUUGGGGUUUUCCCUGAACAUAUUCUCACCAAUCUAAA